UACAUAAACCCUAAAACAUGCUCUGAUUUCGUUUAUUGCUUGAAAUGAGAAAAGUGGCUCUCCAGAUUCUGCUGUUUCUUUCUCUCUGGUUCUUUUUCUGUUUUCCUCUUGUGCUGUCACUCAAUGGGGACGCUCGGGUACUGCAGCGGGUCAAGGAUGACCAGCCCCACGACCCACACGGGAAGCUCGGUGAUUGGAUUGCGGGAAGUGAUGCCAAUCCAUGUAAUUGGACUGGCAUUACUUGUGACGGUCUGAGCGGUGCUGUCGUCGCUAUUGAUCUUACCAACUUUGGUCUCUCAGGCGGGUUUCCGUCCAGGCUCUGCCAUAUCCGGACCCUCCAGAACCUCACUCUUGCCUCCAAUGAGUUUACCGGCUCUCUUUCCUCUCUUACUCUCUCUGAAUGUCCUCAUCUACGAGUGCUUAAUCUCUGUAGUAACUUAUUCGUCGGCAAGUUGCCCGAUUUGUCAUCGGAAUUUACUCAACUUGAAGUGUUGAAUCUUUCUCAGAACAACUUUUCUGGUGAGAUUCCAGUGAGUUUCGGGCGGCUCCCAGCUCUGAAACUUCUCGAUCUAACCGGUAACUUACUGAACGGAACGAUUCCUUCAUUUCUUGGGAAUCUGAGUGAGCUGAUUAAUUUGGAACUCGGUUACAAUCUCUUUCAGCCGGGUCAUCUGCCUCCAGAGAUAGGAAACCUGUCAAAGCUUGAGAUUCUAUACCUCUGUAAUUCGAAUCUAACCGGAGAAAUUCCGGCUUCCAUCGGAAAUCUCAUUUCUCUGAGAAAUCUUGAUCUGUCCAUCAACUUUCUAUCUGGUAAAAUUCCAAAUAGCAUUGGCAGAAUGAAAAGUUUGGAGCAAAUUGAGCUGUAUCGGAAUCAGUUGAGUGGGGAAUUACCUGAGAGCUUCGGCAAUUUGACUAAUCUGCUUCGAUUGGAUGUUUCACAGAACAGUCUUACCGGAAAACUACCUGAGAAAAUCGCUGCAAUGCCCCUUGCGUCGUUGAAUCUCAAUGACAACCUGCUGUCCGGCGAAAUCCCUGAUGUUUUAGCUUCAAAUCCCAAUCUUGUGCAGUUGAAACUCUUCAAUAACAGCUUCACGGGAAACUUGCCUGCAGAUCUUGGGGAAAAUUCUGCUUUGGAAGAUUUUGAUGUGUCCACCAACGAUCUCACCGGCGAGCUGCCUCCAUACCUCUGUUAUAGAAAAAAGCUUCAGCGUAUUGUCAUUUUCCACAACCGAUUCUCGGGGAAAUUACCGGAUUCAUACGGUGAGUGCAGAACGCUGAAUUAUGUUCGUAUUGGCUAUAAUGAGUUCUCCGGUGAAGUACCCGCCAAUUUUUGGGGUCUUCCUGGGCUGAACUUGUUGCAAUUAUAUAACAAUAAUUUUGAAGGUUCUGUUCCUCCGUCGAUCUCCAACCUCCAUGGGCUCUCCGAGCUUAGUAUUUCAGGUAACAAUUUUACCGGUGAGAUACCGGAGGAAAUUUGCGGAUUGAAGCAAAUUCAAGCAAUUAAUCUGGGCCAGAAUAGAUUUUCCGGUGAAGUGCCGUGGUGUAUAACGGAACUGAACAAGUUGCAGAGGCUUGACUUGCAGGACAACGAAUUGACCGGAGAGAUUCCGAGUUCAGUGAGUUCAUGGACCGCUUUGAUCGAGUUAAAUCUGGCUAGAAACAAACUCACCGGUCAAAUUCCACCUCAACUCGGCAGUCUACCGGUUUUGGAAUAUCUCGAUCUCUCCGGUAACUCUCUGACCGGCGAAAUUCCGGUGGAAUUGACAAGGCUGAAGCUGAAUCAGUUCAACGUCUCCAAUAAUAAACUCAACGGCAGAGUCCCUUCCGGUUUUGAACACGAGUUGUUUAUCUCGGGUUUAUUGGAUAAUCCGGGUCUUUGCAGCCAGGAUUUGGAUCCACUUCCUGCUUGCCCGAGGCCCCGACCCGCAACAAUUUAUGUUGUCUCUGUUAUGGGCAUCUGCAUUGUGGUUCUUAUCGGGUCUUUAAUAUGGUUCUUCAGAUUCAAGUCCGAAUUCGGCCGCAAAACCAAAUGCCCGUAUAAGGUAACCAUAUUCCAACGGGUCGGGUUCACCGGAGAAGAAAUACUACCAUAUCUAACGGGAAAAAACCUCAUCGGGGUAGGCGGCUCGGGUCAGGUAUACAAAGUGAAUCUCAAUACGGGUCAAACAAUCGCUGUUAAGAAACUCUGGGGCGGCGCCCAGAAACCGGAAACGGAAGCGGUGUUCCAGUCGGAAACGGAGACACUGAGUCGGAUUCGCCAUGGCAACAUCAUAAAAUUGCUGAUGUGUUGCAGCGGGGAGCAAUUCAGGAUCCUGGUGUACGAGUACAUGGAGAAUGGGAGCUUGGGAGACGUGUUGCAUUGUGAACGGUUCGCAGGCUUACUAGAUUGGCCUAGGCGGUUAGCAAUAGCACUGGGUGCCGCUAAGGGGCUGGCUUAUCUCCACCACGACUGCGUGCCCGCCAUCUUGCACCGGGACGUAAAGAGUAAUAACAUUUUGCUGGACGAGGGGAUGAAUCCAAGAGUGGCUGAUUUUGGGCUGGCUAAGACUUUGCAGCAGGAGAUUGGGCAGGGUAAUGGUGACAUGUCACGUGUAGCUGGAUCCUAUGGAUAUAUCGCUCCAGAGUAUGCCUACACAUUAAAAGUAACGGAGAAGAGUGAUGUUUACAGUUUUGGAGUGGUGUUGAUGGAACUCAUUACUGGAAAAAGGCCAAAUGAUAUCUCCUUGGGUGAGAAUAUGGAUAUAGUGAAGUGGGUCAGAGAGGCUGUUUUAUCAUGUUCUAAAGAAGGAAAUGGUCAUGCUGAAAGUGGUUGCAGAGAUCUUUCUCAGCUUGUAGAUCCAAGGAUGAAGCCGUCUGCAUCGGAUUAUGAAGAAAUUGAGAGAGUUCUGGAUGUUGCUCUUCUCUGUACUUCUGCCUUGCCCAUCAACAGGCCUUCGAUGAGAAAGGUAGUGGAAUUGCUUAAGGAUCAUAAACUGGCACGCUAAGAUGAAUUGCCCAUUGAUUGUAAGGAUGAUGGGUUUUGGGUAACCCCCUGUGUCUUCAUGCAUCAUCUUUUUGGGGUUCAGUUUGUAUUUAUACUGCAAUUAGCCUAGUAUGACAGGGUUAAUAAUGUUGGCUUGGUCCUCGUAAUUUUUGCCUAAUUGCCUGGUUCACUUAUGCAUACACAUUUCAACAGUUCAACUUGUUGAAAGCUUUGUUUUCUGUUGCCAGAAAUAUAAGUGUUACAUACCU